UCCAUGGAUCUACGCCUCUCUCCUCUCGAAUUCGCAUCACCCUGUCUGACGCUCGAGCCUCGUCCGCUGCCACACAGCCCACGAGGCACGAGCGCAGUUAAAAAUAAACACCCCCGUCCACACCAGAGCCCACACGUUCUCCUGCCAUGGACAUCCUGAACCACGCCGACACUACCACGGCGAACGGUACCAGCCCGGCUGCUGCAGCUGCGGCGGCCGUCGUUGCACCUGCCACGCCUUCUUCGCUCGUUACGCCGCCGCUGGACGCCGACGAGUUCCGCAGGCAGGGGCGCUUAGUCGUGGACUUCAUCGCGGACUACUACACGCGCAUCAACGAGUACCCCGUGCGCCCGGCCGUCGCUCCGGGGUUCCUGGCCCGGCAGCUUCCCGAGACGGCGCCGGCGCGGCCGGAGCGCGACGCGCUCGCCGCGGCGCUCCGCGACGUCCGCGACCUCAUCCUGCCCGGCGUCACGCACUGGCAGAGCCCCCGCCACUUCGCGCACUUCGCGGCCACGGCCAGCAAUGUGGGCGCCCUCGGCGAAGCCCUCGCCGCGGGGCUUAACAUCAACCCGUUCACGUGGGCUGCCUCGCCGGCAGCCACCGAGCUCGAGGUCGUCGUCACCGACUGGCUCGGCAAGGCGCUGCACCUCCCAGAGAGGCUGCUGUUCUCUGGAGGCGGCGGGGGCACGCUGCUGGGGACGUCCUGCGAGGCCAUGCUCUGCACCAUCGUCGCCGCGAGGGACCGGAAGCUCGCCGAGAUCGGCGAGGAGCGGAUCGGAGACCUUGUCGUCUACUUCUCCGACCAGACCCACUUCUCGUUCCAGAAGGCCGCGCGCAUUGCCGGGAUCCGCCGGGGAAACUGCCGCGAGAUACCGACGUCCAGGGAGAGCGGCUUCACCCUCUCGCCCAAGGCGCUCCGCGCCGCCGUGCGCGCCGACGAGGCUUCGGGCAGGGUCCCGCUGUUCCUGUGCGCUACGGUGGGGACCACGCCGACGGCGGCGAUCGACCCUCUCCGCGAGCUGUGUGCCGCCGUGUCGGGCCACGGCGUGUGGGUGCACGUGGACGCGGCCUACGCCGGCGCCGCGUGCGUGUGCCCCGAGUUCCGUCACGCCAUCGCGGGCGCCGAGGCCGUGGACUCGUUCAGCACCAACCCGCACAAGUGGCUCCUCGCCAACAUGGAUUGCUGCGCGCUGUGGGUGACGCGGCCCGCGGCGCUUGUGGCCGCGCUCGGCACCGAUCACGACGUGAUCCUGAAGGACCCGUCGGCGGCGGCGCAGGACGGCCACGAUGUGGUGGUGGACUACAAGGACUGGCAGGUCGCGCUGAGCCGCCGGUUCCGCGCGCUGAAGCUGUGGCUCGUGCUCCGGUGCCACGGCGUCGAGGGCCUGCGCGGCUUCGUGCGCGCCCACGUGCGCAUGGCCGCCGCGUUCGAGGCCAUGGUGCGCGCUGACACAAGGUUCGAGGUGCCCGUGCCGAGGCAGUUCGCGCUGGUCUGCUUCCGGCUUCGCCCCGCCUCCGCUGGAGAGAAGCGCACCCGCGGCGGCGAAGUAGUGGAACCGAACGAGCUCAACAGGAGGCUCCUCGAGGCGGUGAACGCGACGGGGCGAGCGUACAUCAGCUCCGCCGUGGUCGGCGGCGUCUACGUGCUGCGCUGCGCCAUCGGCAACUCGCUCACCGAGGAGCGGCACGUCCGGGAGGCGUGGAGCGUGGUGCAGGAGCAGGCCAACGUUGUCUUGGCUGCCGCGACAGCGACGUGCCCGGACGAACGCGCGGUGCACAGAGCGCGUUGUGUGGAGACCGACGCCGCCGAUGCCCCAGCUUCCGUUCCUCCGGUGCAAAUGAGGUUUCCCUCGGCUCAGUCUUGAGCACGUGAUUUCUUUUCUUUUUUAAAAAUAAUAAUCUUGAGCACUUGACGACUA